AUGGCUGAUGAAAGUGGAAAUAUUCCUUCACCACAAGUGAUACACGUACCUAUGAACAUUCCUUUGCCUCCUAGGCUUGAUCUGAAGGGCGAUUUGACGAGAAAUUUCAUAAAGUUCAAACGAAUGUGGGGAAACUAUGAGCUUGCUUCUCGAUCAAAGACAGAUUCUGAUGAAUGCAGAUCAGCUACACUGUUAACUUGUAUUGGUUCUGAGACUCUAGACAUAUUGGAUGGGUUGCAGUUCGACAGUGAAAAUGAUAGGAGGAAAGUCGAGAAAAUAUUGGACAAACUAGAAGCUUACUGCAUUGGCGAGACCAAUGAAACAUGGGAACGGUUCAAUUUCAACAAACGGAAUCAAGAACACUUUGAAUCUGUUGAUACUUAUGUAGCAACACUUAGGACUCUAGCUAAAACAUGCAAUUAUGGAACGCUUGAAGAUAGUCUCAUCAGGGAUCGAAUGUCCAGCUACCAUGUCGUGAAGGUUCCACUUGCCUUACAACAGAAACUCAAGGCUGAACUUGAAAGACUGGCUGAUCUGAAGAUCAUCACCCCUGUGAAUGUUCCUACUGACUGGAUCUCUGCCCUUGUUGUGGUCAAGAAACAGGGUACUGACAAGAUAAGGAUUUGCAUAGAUCCUAAACCACUGAAUCAAGCUCUCAAGAGGAAUCAUUAUCCAAUAAAGACAAUUGAUGACAUUCUGCCGGAAUUAUCAAACGCUAAGUGCUUUACUUUAGCAGAUGCUAAAAAUGGAUUUUGGCAUAUCCAGCUUGAGGAGGAAAGCAGUUUCUUGACAACAUUUGAAACGCCUUGGGGCCGUUACCGUUGGCUACGAAUGCCAUUCGGUUGUCACCAGCACCUGAGGAGUUUCAGCCGUUUGAAUGAGGCAAUAUGUGGCUUGGAUGGAGUACGUGCUGUACAUGAUGAUGUUCUGAUCUAUGGUGUUGGAGACACUUAUGAAGUGGCUGAAGCUGAUCAUGAUGAGAAGUUGUCCAAGUUCCUUGAUCGAUGCAGGAACAGAAAUAUCAAACUGAACAGAUCCAAACUGAAACUGAAACUGACUGAGGUGCCUUAUCUGGGACAUGUCGUAACCUCGGAUGGAUCAAAGAUUGAUCACAUGAAAGUUGAAGCAAUCACAAACAUGCCCACACCAACGGAUAAGCAGGGUAUUCAGCGCAUUUUAGGGAUGGUGAACUUUGUUCAGAAAUUUGUACCCAACUUGUCUGAAGUGACUGCACCUCUGAGGGAUCUGUUGAAAAGUGAUGUGAACUUCAGGUGGGAUGAGCAAGUUCAUGGCAAGUGUUUGGAAAAAAUCAAACAUAUUCUGUCUGAACCACCUGUACUGAAGUACUUUGGCAAUGACGCCGAGACAAGCCUUCAGUGUGAUGCAUCACAAAAUGGACUGGGUGUUUGUCUGAUCCAAAAUGGUCAGCCUGUAGCAUAUGCAUCUCGAUCUUUGACCAACACUGAGAAACAAUAUGCUCAGAUAGAGAAAGAAAUGUUGGCGAUUGUCUUUGGCAUGGAACGAUUUGAACAGUAUGUCUACGGACGGAAGGUCGUCGUGGAAUCGGACCACAAGCCAUUGGAGUCAAUACUGCGCAAAAGUCUGUUGUGUGCUCUGAAGCGUCUCCAACGCAUGAUGUUACGACUUCAGAAGUACGAUUUUGAGGUCAUCUACAAGAGGGGAUCUCAAAUGUUCUUUGCUGACACUCUGAGUAGAGCAUAUCUUCCACAUGUGAAACAUACUGAGACUGAUGACGGAGAUGUGUUUGCUGUUGAUGUUCGAUGUCAGACAGCGCUUGACGUUGAAUCCAUCAACAUGGUUGAGUAUGUGCCAAUAUCUGAGGAACGAAUUGACCAGUUACAAAAAGCAACCGUGGAAGACAAAUCAAUGACGAUACUGAAGGAUCUGAUUCAGGACGGCUGGCCAACGUCAUCAGAUGAUGUGCCAUGGUGUGCCAGGGUCUUUUUCCCCUUUCGCGAUGAGCUCUCUGUUCAAAACGGCAUAGUGUUCAAGAGUGAACGUGUUGUUGUGCCAGUCAGUAUCCGCCCUGGCAUCAUGGAAAGAAUUCACUACAGUCACUUGGGGAUACAAGGUUGUAUCAGAAGAGCCAGAGAGUCUGUGUAUUGGCCCAAUAUGGCCGCUGACCUCACAGAUUUCAUCAGCAAGUGUGAUACUUGCAAUACGCUGCAACAGGAUCAAAGACGAGAGCCAUUGGUCAGUCAUGAAAUACCUAGUCGUCCAUGGGAGAAACUAGGGUGUGAUCUUUUUGAGUUUGAUCAAAAAGAUUUUUUGAUCACUGUUGACUACUACUCGGACUAUUUUGAGGUUGACAGACUGCAUGAUAAAAGGGCACCUGAAAUCAUUAAAAAGUUGAAAUCCCAUUUGGCGAGGCAUGGACUUCCCAAUCAGAUUGUGUCAGACAAUGGACCUCCCUUUAAUUCUGAAGCUUUCCAUACAUUUGCAACAGAGUAUGAGUUUGACCAUAUCACUUCAUCACCCAGGUACCCACAGUCGAAUGGGAAAGUGGAGAGUGCUGUGAAGAUCGUCAAGAGACUCAUGAGUAAGUCUCAGCAUGCACAGUCAGACCACUUUCUGGCCCUAUUGGACUUAAGAAAUGUGCCGACUGAUGGUGUAGGCAGCUCGCCAGUUCAAAGGUUGUUUGGGCGCAGAACGAGAACGAAGCUACCAACGUCAAGUCGAUUGCUGCAGCCGAAAACUAGUGAAAACGUCCCUGCCGCACUUUCAAGAAGCUUACUACUACAAUCGCGGUGCAGGUGA